AUGCAGUCUCCCUUCAGCUACUCUGAUUCCUCAUACUCGUCCUCGCCCGGCGGCAUGGACUUCUUCUUCUAUGGGCCCCAGCCCGUCUAUGAUUCCACUAUGGACCUCGACCCGUCCAGUCCCUUCUCCGUGCCCGAGGUCGUGCCCGAGGUCUACUCCUUCACGAGCUCGCCCUACAUCUACCCCACCGUGUCCGACUUCCCCGUCUACGACACUAUCCCCAAGAGCGUCCCCAGCAGCGCCAGCAGCGUCACCAGCUCUAGCAGCUGGAACCUGCCCUGCGAGGAUGUUCCCAUGCCCACGUAUCCCGUCGGCCCCGUCAACUAUGACUCGUGCCCGGAUUCGCCGCCGCCUGCUUCCAAACCCGCUAAGCCCUUUGGUUGCGACAACUGCGGCAAGAGCUUCACUCGCUUCGCCGACCUGAAGCGCCAUCAGUCCAGCGUCCACUACCCGGUCUUCCGCAACUGCCCCGUCGAGCACUGCUCGCGCAAGGGCAGCAAUGGCUUCCCCGCCAGGAUCACCUGGUCGAGCAUCUCCGCUCCUACCACCACCUCGACGUGCCCAAGCGUCGCGCCUUCAAGCGGUCUGCCAAGGACGCUGGUCUAUAAACUGGUUGCACCCGAAAAUUCAACACAACCUGGAAAAGAAAAAGCCAAGGGCAAGACAAUUGCCCCUUCAUUAUUACGAUUUGAUGACUUUUGA